AUGAGUAAUAUAGUAUCGUUUGUACGGCCAGCCUAUUUUAGGUUCCACCGUCGAGCUCAGGAACCGAUCGUGCGUAGCACACCAGCGAGGGUCCAGUUUGCCAUUACACCGACAAUUAUAAUACCGAAUUUGAACGACCUUAGACUGGACCGAGCCGAGAUAUUCUCGUAUAUUGAAUCUCCUUCUCCCAUAACGACGGUGAACCCCCUGGCUUUUGCUAGCACAGAUUUAAUCGUGGAACGAACUGUAGCGGAGUUCUUCGUAGAUCGGCCAGCAAAUCAAAUCGAGGAGUUGUAUUUGGAGUCUAAUUUCUUCAUAAUUAAUUUUAUUCAAUACACUCUAUGCGAUUUUGGACUUAAGCCAUCAUAA